AUGUAUCAAUCUUCAGAAAUCAUGAGCCGUGCACAAGCAUUUGUAUACGAAACUCCAACAACACAGAAUCUCGGGCCGUUGCCGACUGCUUUUGUACCGCCCGCACGAUGCGCUGGUAUCACAUUGGCUUCCAAGGGUAGUCUCACGACGCCGGAUCCUCAGUACACGUACUCGAUUGAUAUGUUCUAUGCUUAUACCUGUAUCGCUGGGUCAGCAGCCCCAGACCCAGGCUGUGCGCCGUCUGGAUAUGCAGACUACAUGAAUGUCCUUCAGAAAGCGGUUGAUCCGCGCACAGGAAGGUUCCCGGUAUUCUCGCCAGGAGCGCGGUGCCCCGAAGGAUAUGUUCCAGGAUGCACAAUGUCCAAGGGACAAGGCUAUACAACUGGAUCUCUACGACAGUGGGAUUUGCUUGCAGCAAACGAGACCGCUAUAGGGUGUUGUCCCUCUGGAUUUACGUGUGAUACGACACGACAGCACUUUUGUCUAUCCAGCAUUGCUUCUUCACAAACGGUAACUUUUGACAACAAGUUGAUAUGCAACAGCACUGAGUCCCAGCGGGGGACUGGGAGUUGGAUGCUGCCGCCUUCCAUCCAGGCCCGAAUCACAGCUGCACAGAUUGUGUAUAUUCAAACGUCUGCAGAUUCCAAGCCACCAGUAUCAGCCUCCAGCAGCAAUGAUGCAUCGCUAUCUACUUCUGGAGAAACACACAAACCACCCCAGGCAUCACCUGAACAGACGCAACUUUCAGCGGGUGCUAAAGCAGGCAUCGCCAUAUCUGUAGUGCUGGCGAGUAUCUUUGCAGCACUCUCAGGGUAUCUGCUGUACGCUCGAAAUAAGCGGCGCCAUAUCGAACCACCAGAUAGCGAGGCCGAGGCGGCUACUCCUGAGCCACCGAGCGAAGAAAAUACGCCAGCGCGGAUGGACUUUAAGGAUUCGCGAGCGUUUUCUGCGGUUUCACCUGCAACGCCUUGGUCUGAAACUGGAACCUGCGCUACUCAAGGAACCCCAAGUGAUAUUACGACGUCAAUAUUCGCAGGGAAGCCGGCGAUGUCUCCGGAUCUGUGGCAGCAUCCGGCGCUGAGAGAAGAUAGCAGAGUAGAGCUGUCUAAUGGGGUGGAAGUAACUCUCUCAGAAUUGCCUGGUGACGAGUCGUGGAUACGUUGAGAUUUGGAUCUUGGGUCACAGUUUACUCUUGAUUCCUUUAAUAUUAAUAGCGACAUGUAUUACAAAUAGAACUCUUUUCUUUUUCUUUUAUAUAAGUUGGCCUGCAUGGCCUCUUCUUCUAAGUACAUGGGUCAAGCAGGGCUUUCCAUAUGCCAGCUAGUUGGUUGGUGUUCCCAUGGAAGUUGGUGAAACGUGCUAUCCUAACAGACUUGCGAAUCCAUCUACUUCUAAAAUUUUGUGGCACUAGCCACUGAAACCGUCUAAUACGAAGACUCUCGUCUACCGCGGAGUGACGCUCCCCAGUGCCAAAGAAUGCCAGUGGCGGGAAGGGCAAUGCCAAUAGACAAAAAGGCCAGCAGACUGUUGCCCCAACCGUAUCCGAGUCUGUCAUAGAGAUUUGACGAGAACAAGGGGAAGGCAAAGGCCAUCAGACUGCGCAGCACUUGGGUCGCUGCCGCCGCGGAGCUGAUGUGUUCUGGAUAGGCAUCCAUAACGUAUGCGCUGAGUGUGGUGUCGAAGAUCUGCAUGCCGAGAGAUAAAAGAGCAGCACCGACAUCUACAGCAACCCACGAGAGGUGAUAUCUGGCCGCCCAACCAUACAGAAGCAUGCCAAUGGGCGUGAUGAGAGCACCAGGAAUGAGCAGCGGCACUCGCAGCUCAGGGACAUCGGACUCGCCAGUGCGUGAAGUCAGUCUCUUGUACGCAUAGUCCAUCAGCGGCCCGCAGAUCUGGGAUCCUGAGAUGGUACCAAUGCAAAUGGCAAUGUAGUGGAGUCCAGAAGUGGCAAUGGAUUCUCCAUACGCAGAAACGUAAAGUGACGAGAAACUGGCCAGCGCAAAGUAGAGCAGACCGUAGUUGAUACCCUCAAGGAUGGCCUGCAGCUGGAUGAUGGGGUGGAAAGCAAGAAGACGGAGAGGGCGAGAGAGCGCUCGGUGGAUUUUCCACAUCGCAGAGCGGCCGUCCUCGCGCGUCUCGAUUUCGGCAUGGUAUCGGUUGUCGCCGGUUUCUUUACGGAGCUUUGCAGCGCGGCGGCGCAGAAGAACAGGUGCAUACGAUUCUUGGAAGAGAAGCAUGGACGCCAGCUCGAGAAUGACUUGAAGGAUGGCGGUGGCCCAGAACAUCCAUCUCCACGUCGUAUACUGCACAAUGAAGGCGGCCACAAUGGGGCCAACGGCAGAUCCUGUCAAGGGAAUAAGAAGGUACAUGCUAAGUGAACGGCCUCGUUGUUCCUUAGACCAGACAUCGCCCAGGACGCCAUACGCCAUGCUGUAGACGGCGCUGGCGCCAAAUCCAGCAAGCAGACGGGCAGCAAUGAGGAUACCCUUGGAGUUUGCAAAGCCGCAUACCAAAUUCCAUACCAGAAACCAGAGACUAGUUACAUGGAAAAUGACGCUGCGACCAUAGACUUCGGAAAGAGGGCCGAUGAUGAGAGGACCAAAGGCGGUGGCAAGCAGGUAGACGGACAGGGCCAUGGUGGACUCGGUGGCGGUCAUGGAGAGUUCCAGCGCAAUGGUAUCAAUGGCAGGCGCCAUCAUCUAGAGUUGGAGGGAUGAUACAUUAGCAAAUGUUAUACUCUUCACAUAGUAUUUAUUGCGAGAGGAGGGUAAGAAAGACGGAUAAGAAGAGAGACGAGACAAACUUACAGUUGAGACCAUGAUUCGUGUAAAUCCAGUGCCUGCAACGGCUGCAGUGACGCCCCAUUUCCAUUUUUUGGACCAGUUGAGCGGGUUUUCAGGGUCGUUGGGCUCAAACUGGACAAGAAAAGCACUGUCAAUUGUUGGUGAUUUCUCAGACUGGGACUGAGUACCAGGAACGACAGGCGCCACAUCAGCGGCCGUCUUUUCGACGUCGGUCGAAGAAUCGUCGUGUGUUUGCAUUUUUUAAGAAUGCAACAAGUUAUAGUUUCCGAGGAAACUCUAGAAAGAAAAGCAAAUCACACAAAAUCCUCUUUGGGAAAGAUGUGUUAGAUAAUGACGGUGUUUGUGUUCAGUAGCACCAUGAAGAAGCAACAAUAGGAGGAAAAUAAAAAGAAAAAGAGAAAGAAGAAAGAGGGGGAGGGGGCUGAUGAACCGGGCUGUGAAGCAAAGCAAACAAGUUAGUCACCGCAAAAACGUCUACCGCCGGCUCUGGCCCCAUGUUUGUCCGACGGAAAGCUGCAGUCCUUGUGAUGCGGAAACAAGGCUGCUGAUUGAUUAGCGGGGAUGCGCGCUGAUUGAUAACGCAAACAGCAUGGAGUGCGGUGGUGCCGUCAUAUCCGGCCGACAAAAGGUCCCAGCCGCAGCCCGCUUUUCCCCCAAACUAAGUCCGAGCCGUUUUGUGUCUGCCUUGGUUUGGCAACUUUUAAAUCCGAUAGGCGUCAUGAUGCGAUCUCUUGGCUUCUGGGCGCCCGUCGAUCAGGCUGUGAGUGUGCUGCCAAACAUGAGUUUGCAUAUGUGCAUCUGCAGAGUGCUUAACUGUUCUGUGGCCAACUGGUGUUCGCAUAACAAGAAUGCCAGUGAUAAAUAGUUGGCACAGCGUCUUCUCGUUUUUUUCGCUUCACUCGUGUAUGGCUUGAUGCUUAAUGUGAGGUGUGACCAACAAAACAUGCAAGCCAGCCAGCCACCUCGGGCUGAGACAAACUCAGGGGCCGCCACCGCUCUUCGUGAGACGCUUGAGAAUAUUCAUGACAAUGUAAGCGAUUAUACAAAAAAUAAAACAAAAACAAUUCUGGCCUUUUGAAAAGCUUAUUCGUGUUGGUGCAAGCUCGUUUCCACGCCGAUUCCGACAUCUUGUAUGAUAUGGCAGCCACAGCGCGAGUCGGUUUCGAAACCGCAAUCCAAAGCGACUAUGAACACGGAAAUAUAUGCAGCUAUAAGCGUAUCCAAAUGACCAAUGCAUCUAGCUAACAUUGGCGUCUUCUCAUACCAUUUUUGUGUCGACUAUGUCCGUCUCCAUUUUCUAAAGCGUUGUAAGCUGUGAAGCAUGUAUUUUAGGCUCUGCAGUGGCAAAUAUGUAGUAUAGACAAGAAGACAACGCCGAUCACCACCUUCUGCCUACGACGUCGGAUGCUUGGCGGACUUGACAAAUGUAUCGAGCAAAGUGGCUGUUGAAGGCCGGGUUGCUGUCAUUCUUUUGCUCCUGUGCAAGGCACAUUUUGCUCAAUAGGGCAACAAUGCUGUCGGCGUAUUGGUUUUUCGAAACACUGUUCGUGUCCGGAACUUGUUGAUUUUCCAAGUAGCAAUCGGCAGUAGACAGAAGCCAGACAGAUUGGAGGUCUGUGCCUAAGCUCAGAAGUCUCUCGGUCAUCAUGGCGAGCGCCGACUUGACCAAUUUGCUACGACUCUCUGAGCAUGUAGGAAGAGAUGACAAGCCUGAGAAUACAACAAGG